UAUAAAAUAAAACCGAGUACUUAGUAACCAUAUUAGUUAUUGGUUCAAAUCGUAAACAUGAUCGUCAAUAUUAUUUCUUUCUUAUUCGUCAUAACUUCCUGUGUGACUGCAGGUACCAUCGACUAUUACCCGAACGUAGAGGUUAUAGAAGGAGGCAUAAGUGGAGAUGCCAUCACCACUCGCUACUGGGACUGCUGCAAGCCAUCAUGCGGAUGGAGAGGAAACCUCAACGACCACACCGCCAAUCCUGUAACCUCCUGUGCCGCUGAUGGCGUUACAGUGCUAGACCCCGAGAUUAUGGCAGCCUGUGACCCGGGAAAGAACGGAACAUCUUACAUGUGCAACAACCAACAAAACUACGCUGUGAACGACACAUUCGCCUACGGAUACGUCGCAGCUUCUUUCACGGGAGGCGUCGACUACAGCUACUGCUGCGCUUGCGUUCUCCUCUCCUUCAAGAGUGGUUUGGAGGGCAAAUACAUGCUGGCUCAAAUCACCAACGCCGGUAGCGACUUGCACGCCAACCAGUUCGAUAUUGCUAUUCCCGGGGGUGGAGUGGGUCUCCACAAUGGCUGCGACUUACAGUGGCACUCGGGUCCAGAUGGUUGGGGCGACAGAGUUAUGGGUAUAGAUACCAGGGAGGAGUGUGACACGCUUCUUCCUGAACCAUUGCGAAGCGGGUGUUAUUUCAGAUUUGAUUUUAUGGAGGGCAUUCCUAAUCCUGAUGUCUCCUUCAAACAAGUUAAGUGUCCUAAGGAACUGAUUGCCAAUACUGGUUGUAAUAUGUAACUGGUUUCUAAAUAUACUUAAUUUAAUUUCA